AUGACACCGCCAGCCCCAACCACAUCCACAAACUCACCCUCCCCCGCCCUCACAGCAACCUAUUCCUCUCCCACCAACAAACCCUUCACGCACUCGACUUCUCUACCCUCUCUCCAACUCAGCGAGUCCUCCAACUCCUCCCCAGCAACCGCUCAAAAGACCCAAUACCUAGCAGCGCUCCGCCAAGCAACAUCGCAAAUGCAAGAAGUCAUCAAUAAAGAGCUUACGGCGCGGAUGGAAGAGGAUAAUGCAAGGGCCGCGACAGCGGUAGGGGAAAAUGGGGAUGGGAAGGCUAAACUAAAGGGUGUGGAUGAGAAUAAGGAGGAGGAGAAUUAUGGGGAGGAGGUUGUUGAGGAGGAUUGA